AUGGCAGGUCCUCAUUACGAUUUCUUGAUCAAAUUACUUCUUAUUGGAGAUUCCGGUGUCGGAAAAUCAUGUUUACUUCUUCGAUUUUGUGAUGACGCUUGGACCCCUUCGUUCAUCACCACUAUCGGUAUUGAUUUCAAGAUCCGAACUAUUGAAUUAGAUGGAAAGAGGAUCAAAUUACAGAUUUGGGAUACUGCUGGUCAAGAACGUUUCAGGACUAUCACAACAGCUUAUUACAGAGGUGCUAUGGGUAUCUUAUUGGUGUACGAUGUCACAGAUGAAAAGUCAUUCCAAAAUAUCCGAACUUGGCACGCCAAUAUCGAUCAACAUGCUUCACCCGGUGUAAACAAGAUUUUGAUUGGAAACAAAUGUGAUUGGGAUGAGAAACGAACUGUCACCAUUGAACAAGGCCGUGCUUUAGCCGAUGAAUUUGGACUAAGAUUCUUGGAGACUUCAGCUAAAGCUAAUGAAGGUGUUGAAGAGGCUUUCUUUACCCUUGCCAGAGAUAUUAAGACACGACUUAUCGACUCUCAACCUCAAGAAGCUGCACCAGUAGCUCUUGGAGCUGAUCGACGAGGUGUAGAUGUCAACAAGCAAACUAACACAUCAUCUGGUGGAUGUUGUUAG